AUGUCGAGAGGCUCGCCUAUCAAAGCAGAAGCCCGUCGUCAGCAGCCUCCCCUUGCCCCUCAGCCCUCUCAGCCAGCCGUCGUCAGCAGCCUCCCCUCGCCCCUCAGCCCGUCGUCAGCAGCCUCGCCCCUCAGCCCGUCAGCCCGUUCAGCCCGUCAGCCAGCAGCGCCCUCAGCCCGUCAGCCCGUCGUCAGCAGCCUCCCCUUGCCCCUCAGCCCGUCAGCCCGUCGUCAGCAGCCUCCCCUUGCCCCUCAGCCCGUCAGCCCGUCGUCAGCAGCCUCCCUUGCCCCUCAGCCCGUCAGCCUCGUCAGCAGCCUAGCCCGUCAGCAGCCUCCCCUGCCCUCAGCCGUCAGCCCGUCGUCAGCAGCCUCCCCUUGCCCCUCAGCCCGUCAGCCCGUCGUCAGCAGCCUCCCUUGCCCCUCAGCCCGUCAGCCCGUCGUCAGCAGCCUCCCCUUGCCCCUCAGCCCGUCAGCCCGUCGUCAGCCCCUCCCCUCGCCCCAGCCCGUCGUCAGCAGCCUCCCCUUGCCCCUCAGCCCGUCAGCCCGUCGUCAGCAGCCUCCCCUUGCCCCUCAGCCGUCAGCCCGUCGUCAGCAGCCUCCCCUUGCCCCCAGCCCGUCGUCAGCAGCCUCCCCUUGCCUCAGCCCGUCAGCCCGUCGUCAGCAGCCUCCAGCCCAGCAGCCUCCGCCCCUCAGCCCGUCGUCAGCAGCCUCCCCUUGCCCCUCAGCCCGUCAGCCGGCAGCCCGUCGUCAGCAGCCUCCCCUUGCCGUCAGCCCGUCGUCAGCAGCCUCCCCUUGCCCCUCAGCCCGUCAGCCCGUCGUCAGCAGCCUCCCCUCGCCGCCCACCGCCCCUCUCUGA